AUGUCGACAGCGCGCAUCAGCACCAUGCGCGCAAGAAUCCGUCAGAUCAACGCAGAGCUUGUAGAGCUUCAAAAAUCCUCCACUGUCUCAAGACGUGAGCGUCGGCUCGUAAGAGAGAAAGCAUCACUAGAGGCGGCUAUAAGGCGAGAACAACGCCUAAUCGCAGAGGCGGAGGAGGCGAGACGCCGAGAGGAAAGGAGGAGAUGGGAAGAGGAACAGAGGAGGAUGAGAGAGGAAGAGGAGAGACGGAGGCGGUGGGAAGAGGAGGCGAACAGGCAGGCUGACGAUGCCUGGGAAAGAGAUGCGAGGAGACAGGAAAGGAAGCGGAGGGAGAGGAUGAACCGGUAA